GUCGGUCGAUCUUUCCACUUCUCGCCAGUUGCAAAGUUUGAUUGAUGUUGGCAGAGUGGACCACCGAGUCGUCCGUGCUCCUCGGCGUCAACACGACGCUGCUGCUGCUCAUCGCAGCGGUCUUUGGCUUGAACGUCGCGCGCCACCACCGGAACCUCCACGACGCCUACUCGCAGGUCAUUGUGCUGCGCCUCGCGCUCUCGUUUUUCAUCUCGGGUGGCGCGUACUUUCUCAACUUUUUGUGGCAAAUCAUCUACCGAGACGAGACGCUGACCGAGAUCCAAGAAGCGAUCGGCCACUUUAUCUCGGGCCUCCUCGAAGGCCUCGUGCUUCUCUCGUUCUUCGCGCUCCUCGUCGUUCAAGUCGGCGGCACGAGCCACGCGGUGCGCUUGUUUGCCCAGUACGCCAGCAACGGCGGCAAUGACGCGGCGACGUCGAUGGCGUCAGCGCAGAAGCACUACAGCGUCUACCGACGUAUUUUGUGUCUCUUCGUUCUGGCGCGCCCGUGCAUGGCCGUCGCGCUCUCUCUUCUGCACUCGAAUUCGAAUCCGACCAAGUCGAUUCGCACCGUCAUUGCGGUGUGCAACGUCCUCUUCCUCGUCGCCGCCGUCGCGUCUGUCGUGCGAACGAUGCGGCGUCUCCGCGUCGAAAUCCCGGCGUCGUUUCAUGGCGCGGUCAAGUUUAUCAUUGUCAAGCUGCUACUGCUGCUCUCCGUCUUGCAGUGGACGGUCUACACGUACAUUGACGACGACGCGAGGACGCCGUCGCACUUGGAGAUUUACUGGACCGCGUGCAUGCUCGAGGUGCUUCUUCUCUCGACCGCGUUCUACGUCGCGUCGGCGCCAGCGUCGUUCACUGCUGCCGACACGCCGAGGGUGCCCUUCUGGCGCUUCUGGGAUGUCGCUGACAACCCGAUCCGCGGCAGCAAGUCGGUCGACCGCCUUCCUGAAAUGGAGUUCAGUCCCGCGCCGGCGACGCCGCAGCACCUCGUCUAAACACCCCUUGUGUCUCGAACAUGACCUUGAAGAUGAAGAGUCAUGCCCCAUGCGGUUGCAAAGUCUACGAUAAUGAAGAAACACGAUUUGCUUUGUAUGACAAC